CAAUUAUAUCCCUUUAUUUAAACUUUAUAUAAAUUUUAAAUGCUCGCUUUACUCCACUCACCUCUUUUUAACUCACGGACUCGAGUUAGUAAUAAAGGAGCAUCUGCUGCAGCUCUUUUUAUAAUAAAAAAGUGUCUUUACUCUCAAUAUGAGCAACUUCAACAGCCUCAAUACAAGAAAGGUGAAGCUCUAAAGCGAUUUGCUAUUGAUCUUACCAAGAAGGCAGAAGAAAACUUACUUGAUCCCGUUGCUGGUAGAGACUCAGAAAUUUGGAGAGCUCUUCAGAUUUUAUGCCGAAGGACAAAAAACAAUCCAAUCUUCAUUGGCAAUGCGGGAACUGGAAAAACUGCAUUAGCUGAAGGCAUUGCACAGCGAAUUAUAAAAAAAGAAGUUCCGGAGUCGAUGAAACAGAAGCGAAUCUUCGCUUUGAAUCUCGCAAGUUUGAUAGCCGGAACAAAAUUUCGUGGCGAGUUUGAGGAAAGAAUUCAGUCGCUCUUGAAGGACGUUGAAGGCGGUAAUGGCGCUUACAUCUUAUUCGUGGAUGAGCUUCAUAGUUUGUUGGGGCUGGGAAGGGCUGAAGGCUCAAUCGAAGCAGUAAAUAUACUGAAACCUGCGCUGGCUAGAGGCUCUUUGCAUAUGAUGGGCGCAACUACAGUAGACGAGUAUAGACAGUACAUUGAGAAAGACAAGGCUUUGGCGCGAAGAUUCCAGCCAAUCCUCGUGGAGGAACCUUCUGUUGAGGCCUGCAUUGCAAUAUUAAGAACUUUAAAAGAAAGAUACGAAAUCCAUCACGGCGUUCAUAUAACAGAUGCCGCUUUAGUUGAAGCUGCGACGCUGUCGCAUCGUUAUAUUACUGACCGGUUUCUGCCGGACAAAGCCAUUGACCUCAUUGACGAGGCGGCCUCGAGGGUCAAGCUUCAACAAGAAAGCAAACCGGAAGAACUUCAGGCUUUGGAUUCAAGUAUUUUACAAGACAAAAUUGAACUCGAAUCGUUAAAAAAGGAAACUGAUUCGGCUUCAAAAGAACGUUUAGAAACUUUAAUACAAGAAAUCCGACGAAAAGAGGAAGAAGCAGCAGAACUAAAUAAAGCGUGGAAUAAUGAAAGAAAUCGAAUAUUAGAAAUGAAGAAAAAUAGAGAAGAACUGGAAAAAGCCAAAAGCGAACUUGAAGCUUCUCAGCGAAUAGGCAACUUGGCCCGUGCGUCAGAGUUGAAAUAUGGAAUAAUCCCGAACUUGAUGAAAAAAAUAGAAUGUGAUGAAAAGGCCAUUGAAGAACGUGAUAAUAAUGAAGGCAAACUCAUAAGCGAGGCUGUCACUCCUAAAGAUGUUUCCAUUGUUGUGUCACGUGCUACGAAGAUUCCCGUCGAAAAUUUAGUGAAAGGAGAGAAGUCCAAAUUAAUGCACUUGGAAGAAAACUUGAGGCAAAGCGUCGUUGGGCAGGAGCACGCUAUUAGUGCAGUGAGCGAUGCUGUCCGUCUAGGCCGGGCGGGACUGAAGCCUGUGCAUCGCCCCAUCGCUUCUUUUCUAUUUAUUGGCCCAACCGGCACGGGAAAAACUGAGCUGACGAAGGCACUUUCCCGAACAAUUUUUAACACCGAAUCAGCCAUUGUCCGGAUCGAUAUGUCCGAGUACAGUGAGAAGUUCAAUGUGUCUCGUCUGAUUGGCGCUCCGCCGGGGUUGGUCGCUUGUUAUUUAUGA